GAAACAUUGAAGCAUGUACAGGAACUGCAUCGUUGGUGGCCAAUCGAUGCCUGAACAGUCGGCCUUGACACGAAGCGUAUUCAUGCCAGUGCCUAGCAACGACAUGCUGACCCAUGAGAUCAUGGUGUAUCAAGAGUCAUCAGACGGGAAAACCAAACGCUGCCCUUCACUUCACUUUCACCUUCGCCAUACAAACCAAUUUUGCAACCAUGACAUACUCCACAGAUCUCCAUCUCAUCUCCUUGACACAAAAUGUCCCACCUGCUGGAGUUCUCUCCGACGCGCCCGCUACCACAUAACAUCAACUCGCCGCCAUACGUCGUCUUUGGUAUCUACGGCCUGGACAUCACGUCCUCGCUUCCUCCGCACAUCCCACUGAACCUUGCCCUCCACUUCGCGCCCGCGCUUGGAAAAUGGACCCUGCCUGUCCCAGAUCCCACAUACCUUCCACGCUCCGUCGCACGCCAGUGUCUGCGCACACCAUACAUAGGCAUCGACAUUUUCGCCUCCAUAGAAGCUGUAGGUCUGGGUUGGAUCAUCAUGCGAAUGCUUCACCUCGGCGGCCGCAAGGUGGGAAGAGAUAUGUUCGGCGUGCAUCCCGACCUCGCGACCUCGCUAGCUAUACACAAUGCAUGGCUUGCGCUUGAGCUACCCAUCGAAGGACUGCGCGGUCUGCAUAUGCACAUCCAUGCCCAGCUCAUGCUAAGCUCUCCGCCAGUCUCUCUGUGGGAUAUGCGUAUGCUGUGGGACACCUUUCCGCAUACCUCGGAGAUCGUGAGGGCGAUGGGUCUGAACUUCAUCGAGGGGUACGUGAACGUGGAAUACAAGGUUAAUGAAUCUCUCGAGAUCGUGGAGUGGUUCCAAUCUACGCCUGAACUAUACGCUUUCUUCAAGAGUCUGCAGGACGCGGUGCCGGAGGCCAAGGAGAAAAAAGUUGAGACUGUGACUGUUCCAGCGGCGGAGGAGAAUGAGAAGGCAUUUGGUACCGGGUAUAAAACUGUCGGCAGAAAAGCGGGGAAGGCAAUCAAGGCGGCUCUCGCCAAGGAAGCUGCAGGACAAGUGGGCAUCAUGGAGCGAGCUGCUACGUGGAAGGUCAGUCCGCAGGAGAGGCAGGAGCGGGAAGCGAGUGACUUCGAAGCCAUGAGGAUGAGGCUGAGGAGAACGAGGAGCGAUGAUAGUCUGAGAUCGGUCGAUACCGCAAUCUGGGACCCGCAGACGCCGGAACAGGAGAUAGAGGAGGAGGAUGUGCUGGUCAGUGACGACUUGAAUGACCCCAGUAACUACUCUGGUGGCUUUUUCAGCGUAGCGCUCGCCAGAACUUUGGAGUCGAUCCGGAUCAGGCGCGAAGCUCGAAAUCCAAAGAGCAAGGCAUCGGCCCAACCACCAACAGAAGGCCUUGCGUCGGCGAAUCUGAUGCGGCACAGUGUCGAGAAUCAGCCGGUCUUUCAAAUCAGAGCGGCCACGACACCGCAAAUCCUCCAGCUCCUCAACGACUGGGAAGGAAUGCGGUCUGUCCAUCGCCGACCUGGAGAAGCAAAUCCAAGUCCUGAAGGAGAAGUAGAACAUACUGGCGCAAGAAGCUAAGGAGACCGUGGACGAUGGUGCUGUUUCUGACUCUGAUUCCUAUCAUGAUGAUGAGGGUGAUAUACUAGAGGGUAGCUUGGUCAGUGAACGAGAAUCUACGUUUACGCGUAUGGAACGGGGGUUUGAGCGCUAAUACACAAGUCGCUACAAGGUGAUCAGACCUCCACGAAUCGAACAGUAACUCUCACCACUGAACGCUGACAAAACUGUGGAGGAGAGAGACGGCUUCGAGGAAGAUGCUGCGUUCAUCGAACUCGAGGAAGGUUCGGAGUGAGACAUGUGGGAUGGAAGUGGCUCUCUGGUG